AUGGAACUUACUAAUGGAACAAUAAAAGAACAUCCAUACUCACGUUUAAAUUAUUUAGAUGAAAAAACUCCAAACCAAAUUACAAUAAAACGAGCUAGAGAAAUAACGAAUGAUAGCAUUGUCAUAGUACCAAAAGAAGACCCAGAACGAGAUAUUGUUUGUAAAGUAAUCAAUUAUACCAGAACUAAAACCGGUAAAUUAGGUAUGCCAAAAAUAACAAUAACUGCUAUAGGUGUUUUUGAUAGAAAUACUUAUGAACAUUUUUUUUAUCAGAAUCAGUCGAUCUGUUUUGUUGAAUUGCUGUAUACAAAUUAUAAUAUUGUCGAUACCAAAGAUGGGUUUUUGUCUCUUGUAAAUAAUAACAUGAACUUAAGAGAAGAUGUAAAUAUUCCUCCAAAUGACUUAGGAAAUUACAUUAUUGAACAUUUACAAAAAGGAGAGAUGGUAAUGUGUAAAGUUGCAACAUUCGGGAAUUUCGAUGAUGUUGUUGAAGCCUGGGUUGAAAAUAGUUAA